AUGUCCACUCCUGUCCCGCCCACGCACGUAUACAAAGCCAGCGACCCACCUCAGCUGCAUCAAACUUCGAUGGAGGCUCUUCGGGAAUACUUCAUGCGCCUGGAUUACUACAACCGGCGCGUGGCCCGUGUACCCGUCACUUCCGACCACGACAAGAUCGAAGGCGCUGGUAUGGGGUUGCAAGUCCUGGCGCUCAAAACCUGGUUCUCUCAAGGGUUGAGCAAACACCUUGCUAAACCGUACGCCCAAUUCAAGUCGGAGUUGAUCCGCCGCGCCGUGCCCGCCGAUUUCGUCUGGACGCAACUCGAGGUGUUGCACCGGCAACGCCAAGUGACGGGUCACGAUGUACACGCGUUCCAGGACUUCUCCGAUCGAAUGCGCGUCCUCCAGAUGGAGAUUGGGUUCCAGGUCGUCUCGAUCAGGAACUCGCCAAGCUUGUUCUCCUCGGCACCGAUCCCGAGCUGUGCCGACUCCUCCGCACGCAUGUCGUCUCGUCGCUAGCUGGAUGGUCCGAUCUCUCACUCGAGAGACUCGCUCUCGAUGCUCCCGCCCCAGCUGUGGUCUCGGAAACCGACGUCUACAGCGAUGCACCGGCGGAGCAACCCGGGGAGUUCGAUUAUCAAGUAUUCGAACGGAUUGGACGCGAAGAGUGGGGCGUCAUCGCGCAACGCCGAGCGGCCAUUGCGACCCAAGUCGCCGCACUCCAACAACAGCGGCCGAACACACGACCGACGGCCUUCGCAACGGCGACGAUGCGACCAGUCCCCACCACCGCCCCAGCCUCGGGGGGACCCCGUCCCCGGCUCACCGCCGAGGAGCGCGCCUACCUAGACGCGAACCAUGGGUGCUAUCGCUGCCGCGCCCUUAAUGCGGAUCACAUGUCGAGCAACUGCCCUCGAUAUGUCCCUGCUCCCGGAGCGCCCGCCACCUCGUCGACUCCCCUGUCGACCGCUCCCGCCGCUCGCACUCGUCCUGGUAUGGUGGCGGCCAUCCAGACGUUCCAAGAAACGGGUGAUUCAACCGCGUUUGCUGGCCUCAACAGUGACUCGGAAGACGAUGAUUACUCGUACGCCCCUCGCUCGUUCCCGCCUUUACCCCGUCUCUCUGCGUGGUGCUCAUGGUACCCUCACUGCCUCGGCCCUCGUAGAUUCGGGGUCGCCUCAAACGUUCCUCAGUGAGGACUUCGUUCAGCGAUUGGGAUUGGAAAAACGGGCCUUGGAACAGCACACGAAGUACACUCUUGCAAUGCAGAACCAAGUUCCCACCGUCUUCACCUGCACGCAUUUUGUGCGAGUUCCGGUCGAACUGGCUAAUGGACGUUGGGCGGCGGGCCCCACGUACGCCGAAGUGGCGCCCCUUGGGAGGGACCUCGAGCUUAUUCUGGGAGGCAACUUCAUCUACACGCACAAGAUUGACCUAGGUCAUUUCCCCCACCCCCACCUCACGUGUAAGAAUAACCCGGAGGAGCCAAUUGACCUGCUUGAACUAUCGUCCCAGCCGCGCGGCACGUCGCCCGUGGCCGCUAUCGCGCCCGUCAACGAAGACGAACAGCUCCGCCUUGCCGCGCUCGACCAGCGCCUGCGCGCGGUUUACGCUGAUCGCUUCCCUGACGACAUUCCACCGGUUGCCACCUAUCAAUCCCCGGUGCGACACCAUAUCGAGCUUGACAACCCGCGCACUGUGAUCAACCUGCGCGGCUAUCCGGUCGCCAAACGCCAUCGCCAGGCAUGGUACCUGCUGCUUCAAAAGCACCUCGCAAGUGGCCGUCUUCGCCCCUCACGUUCGCCGUACGCGUCACCGGCGUUCAUCAUCCCCAAGAAGGGCUCGGAUGUGGACCCGACCAUUUCACCGCGAUGGGUGAACGACUACCGCCACCUCAAUCGGCACACCAUCAAGGACCGCACACCCUUGCCCCUGGCCGAUGACAUCCUGUCGACGUGCUCCAAAGCGCAGUUCUGGGCCAAGAUUGACAUGACCAACUCCUUCUUUCAGACCAAGAUGGCGGAAGAGGAUAUAGCAAAGACCGCGGUUUCGACACCCUGGGGUUUGUACGAAUGGACGGUCAUGCCCAUGGGACUCUGCAACGCGCCCGCCACCCACCAGCGCCGCGUCAACGACGCCCUGCACGGAUUACUCGGCACCAUCUGCUUCGUCUACCUUGACGACAUCACCAUCUUCGCCGAUACGCUGGAGGAGCACGAGGCCCGUGUUUGCCAAGUUCUGGACGCCCUGCGCCGAGCCGAACUCUACUGCUCGCCAUCAAAGACCAACCUCGCCACCUCGGAGUGUGAGUUUCUUGGCCACAUCAUCAACCGCUCCGGCGUACACGCCGACCCCAAGAAGAUCAAGCGCAUCCACGACUGGCAUCUCCCAGCGACCGUCACGGAAUUGAAGGGGUUUCUCUGUUUGGUGCAGUACCUCCGCAGGUUCAUUCCGGGCCUUGCCGAGCAUACCGCUGCGCUGACCCCGUUGACAAUCAAAGGGCUGACAUCCAUCGGCAACCUCUGGACAACUCCAACGGUCCGUCACUUCGAAGCCAUCAAGUCCAUUGUCGUCUCCCUUGACUGCCUACGCCCGCCCGACCACUCUGCCGAUGCCAUGCCAUUCUGGGUGAUGACCGACGCCAGUCUUCAAGGUAUCGGAGGUGUGCUCCUGCAGGGCUCGCAUUGGAAGACCGCACACCCCAUUGCCUACUGGUCGCGUCAAUACAUCCCAGCUGAACGCAACUACCCUACGCACGAGCAGGAACUCCUAGCUAUUGUCGAGGCUCUCAAGGAAUGGCGCAUUGAUCUCCUGGGUGGCCAUUUUCACAUCCUUACCGACCAUUCCACACUUGAGCACUUUCAGACGCAGCGCACGGUCAUCUCGCGACGCCAGGCGCGCUGGCUUGACACCUUGGCCGAAUUCGAUUACGACCUCCAGUAUCUCCCGGGCAGGGAGAACAUUGUAGCCGACGCGAUGAGCAGGUACUCCUUUCCCGAGCCACUUCCCGUCAUUGUGGCCAACAUUUCGCAAGUCUCGCUCUCGGAUGUUGUCAAGCAGCAAAUUGUCGACGCGUACAAAACCGACGCAUUCUGCCAGCAAGCCCUGAACAACAUCGCGUCGGUCGCAUCGGAGAUCAAGAUUAUUGACGCAUUGCUGUAUUUACGGGGCCGGCUUGUCAUUCCACUACUAGCCCCGCUCCGUGAGUCCAUCCUUCACGAUGCUCAUGACGCGCUGGGGCACCUAGGUGAUGUAAAAACGUACCAGACUGUUAUACAGACGUACUUUUGGCCGAACAUGUCCCGCCACGUCAAGCAAUACGUGCAACAAUGUGACUCAUGUCAACGAACCAAGGCCCGUACCACUCGCGUCGCGGGCAAGCUUCACUCCCUUCCCGUUCCAGUGCGCCCCAUGACGGACAUCGCCGUUGACUUUGUCGGACCGUUGCCAACAAACAAGGGGUUCGACCGUGUCUUGACGAUCACCGAUCGACUGUCGGGAUAUGUCCGCCUCAUCCCUGCGCGCGAAGCCGACACAGCGGCGGAUGUUGCCAACCGCUUUCAUGAGGGGUGGCAUCGUUUUUUUGGCCUGCCUCAACGCAUUGUCUCGGAUCGUGACAAGUUGUUCACGAGCAAGUUCUGGUCCGCCCUGCACAAGCGUCUGAACAUCAAGCUGCAACUUUCCUCGGCGUUCCACCCCGAGACUGACGGGCGCAGCGAGAAGACGAACAAGACCGCAUUCCAGAUCCUACGCUCGCUUGUCAACAGGGAACAAUCCAAUUGGGUUGAAUGUCUCACCGCUUGUGAGUAUGCCAUCAACUCGUCGGUCAACGUUUCGACGGGGAAGACCCCGUUUGAGCUUGUCCUGGGGUACACACCCACCCUCGCCCCGCUUGCCCCUAUUGAGGGCGACGAGGAGCUCCCAUCGGUUGAGGAGCUGCUCGCACUUCGCUUCCAGUCAUGCGAGGAGGCACGAGACCAACUCGCUGUGUCCAAAGUUCGUCAAGCCGCCCAAGCCAACAAGGACCGCGCGGAUGAACCUUCAUGGGCCGUCGGGGACCUUGUGCUGCUCGACUCAAGUGACCGCAGGAAGCGACUUCACACCCGCAAGCGCCGCGCAGCCAAGCUCAUGGACCGUUUCGACGGCCCUUAUCGCAUUGUUGCAGCGCAGCCAGGGAUCUCCACGUACACCUUGCAACUCAACAAGGACGAUUCCGCGGUACCGUUCUUCCACACGGGCAAGCUCAAGGCCUACCGCUCAAAUGAUUCGGAAUUGUUCCCAAGCCGAGAACCCGCGCGCCCGGGACCGGUGGACGUAGGUGGAGAACCCGAGUGGGUCAUCGAGGACAUCGUCGAUGAAAGGGUCCGAGCGGGGAAGACUCAAUAUUUGGUCUCUUGGGUUUCAUGGCCGUCGGAUAGCGAUUCAUGGGAGCCUGCCGAGGCACUGGAGGACACGGAGGCAUUGGACCGUUGGGAACAUCGGAACGAGGAAUGAGAGUGUUUUUUCAGAGGGGAGCUUUGUGUCAAGGAGGGGAGAGUGUAAGGCAAGGCCUUACGACGGGCCACAGGCAUUAGAAAUAGAGCUUGCGCGCGCCUAGCUUCUUCAGCUCUCUCUUCAUCGAGCUGACACCAGAAGCUAGGUGAGUACUGGUGUUCCCUAUCUCAGCACUAUCGUAUCUCAUCGAGCUGACACCAGAAGCUAGUUGUAAUCCAUAUAACUUGCACCUGUCAUCUUCGGUCACCAGUGAGGCUCCGCUGUCCGAGACAGCGUGCCUUUCAUUGAGUUGGCAUCGCCAUGCCGCCGAAGAGAAGAUACAAGUCCAAACCGUUGGUCUACAAACUGCAGGUCACCCUCUGUGCCUCCGAGUCGCGGUGUGCUAAGGACGUCGAACGCUUGGCCCAACUAGGGUUCAUCUUUUCGACCGCUUCAAUGCCGAUGACCACCUUCUCAUUUCGACUGGUCGAGCAGACCCACGCGAGCUGGAGGGUCAGCCCCCGCGCUCUCACCGGCUAUGCGGACGGCCUCAAAGAGUAUUACUCCCGUUGUGGGUGGGUUCGGGGUCACUAUACAGGACAUCCUUGGGUCAGUUUGGACGCCGCCAUCGUUUCAGGGGCAGAUGCUUAAAGCCUGCCUUCCGCGCAUGCAGGACAAAGACCUUCGGAAGCAACGCGAUCGACGAGUACCGCGCUCUCGAAACAUGCGAGCAGGACAGCGGGGACCUUCUCGUAGGCACCGUCGAUUCGUUCCAACAAGGGUCCCGCGUGCUUCGGGCCAACGUGACUUAAUCAACCUUGUCACGACGUCCCAUUGGAUUGCGUGCUUGCAUACGACGGCAACUUUCGGCAAACGCGUGACAAAACUUCGAAGCACGACCAGAUCGUUCCGGACAUUUUCCUGGGUGAGGAAGAGGUUCAGGCGAUGAAGGCCGAGGUUGAAGCUUCGGUGCGGCCGACCAAAAAGGUGAGUAAUGCCGCUCUUUGCAUUUGCCUUAAUGGGAUCGCUUACCUCUACACCCACCCAACCCUCGUAGGCGUGCACAGAGUCGUGGAAGGCUGCCGACGACGGAGCUGGCUCAACCUCGUCACGAGUAGUCGACACUGGACUCGUUGCCUGCGUAUGCCGUCAUGAUGUAAACCUGAAAAUGGUCAAUCUUGAGAGGUCUGGUGAAAAGUGAGCGCAGAGCUGUCUGGUUGGGACGUAGUCGCUUCCGCUUUCCUCUCCCAGUACUAAUGCGCAUAUUCCCCUCCGACCGCUCAGAUUAUACUAUGCGCUUGCCAUCCUCAAGUGCAUCUCAGAGCGCCUUCCUGAAAACGCCAAGAUUGGAGUCUUAUACGACAUUGCUUGUAACUUCAAGCACCACAUUGAAAAGGUAUGCUUCGAUCACGACGCGUCCCUUCCUCCUCAGUCUCGUUGGCACAGACCAAAUGCGCCUACUUUCCUAUCAUUUGUCACCCGAGGCAGCUCCUGCCAAAGCUUUUCAAGCGACUGGAGUUCGCCACGAGCGUCUUCCAUGCAUACGCCCAUAUCUGGUCCUGCCAAGUCGAGUUCAACCCCCGCCUCAUUCCGAACUUCGGGUUGACUGAUGGAGAGGGCUAUGAGCGAUUGUGGAGCGGGCUACGGUCGCUCAUUCCGAGGAGUAGCAGCUGUGCGCGCCAAGGCUCGAGUCGGUGAGGAGGAAGCGCGGAUCGGCGCCGAGGUGCGGCAAGCUUUGGCUUGGAUCGAAGAUGAAAAGACUCGUAUCACUAGUUGCCAAACACUUUGGACUAAAGUGUCGGGUAAGUUUUCGAUACAGCGUGCUCCAUAUCACCUCUUAUGUCGCCCUGACAUCUUUCAAACCAUCCCAACAGAUACCCUUUCUGAAUCGAUCGACCCAGCUGAUGCCAAGUCCAUAUUCGGCACUGAAGAUGUUGAAGAGAUCCGAGACCGCGCGCUCAUUUUACUGGAUCGCCGGAUGGAGCUUCUUCAGUUGCGCGAAUGUUCUUGGUCCCAGAACGACCAUUUCUUCGAUGUUUGGCUCGACACUCGCGGGCAGUCAGAGGGCGAUUCCGAGCCCAUGCCUCCUGCACUGUCAGAAUUUCGUGGUUUACAUCAACGAUUGAACGCGACGGGAAGAAGUGUCAAGAAGGCGAAACAUCACCAGCUACCUGUACAUAAUCGAUCGGGAACACGCGGUCCUAUGGAGACAUCUGGCUCGACGACUCGGCGCGGCCUCCAUCGCUGGCCCGUGACGUUCAGCAAGUGCGGGUCAUUCAGGCGCAGAUGGAUAUGAACGACGAGGCUCAACUCGCAAAGGAGGUGGGGCCUUUCUCCGCAUAA